AUGAACUUCAGGAGUCUCAGAAGAUUUUCCUCUAAAAUCCCAGCAAUAGUCACAGAUAUAGACGGGGUUAUGAUCAGAGGUGGGGUUCAAGUCGGAAACUCUGCCAAAGCAGUAACUACUCUUAAGACACCCUUGAAACAGCUAAAUCCAACAAGAUUUGGCCAUCUGAGUGCUGAAAAAGUACCAUUUAUUUGUCUUACUAAUGGAGGAGGAAUGAUGGAAGAAAAGAAGGCAGAAUCAGUGAACAACAUCUUGGGCCUCCAAGCCCCAUACGAAUUCCGUGGAGAAGACAUGGUGAUUUGCUCCACUCCCCUCAAAGAGAUAGCUUACAAAUAUGAGAACGAAUAUGUGGUUGUCUCUGGAUUUGGAGACGUAGUGAAUGUUGCUUAUAAUUAUGGGUUCAAGAAGGCUUUACAUAUACAUGAGUAUUCUGCCUUAUUCCCUUUCUUAUCCCCCUUGACUACUAAAUAUAAGGACCAAGCUAUUCUUGAUGCUCAUCUUGAAGCCAUGCAGAAGAGAUUAGGAUCUAGUUUUGAUAUUGCAGAGGUACAGAAGAAAGGAGUGUCAUCCAUCCCAGUAAAAGCAUGCAUCGCUUUUCAUGAUGUCAGCGAGAUGGAGGAGAGUCUCCAGAUCUUCUGUGAUCUUAUAGUCUCCAAAGAUGGAAUCCCAGGAUCUAAACGAAGCAUGGCAGAUCCUCAAGUAGUUGAUGUAUACACUACUAACCCUGACUUACUCUACUCGGCAGCCUUCAGUCUUCAGAGAUUUGGUCAAGGAAUCUUUGAGUAUUGUUUAGAGGAUCUGUUUAACAGAACAUAUGGCUUUGCACCAGAAAUCAUUCAGUAUGGAAAGCCAAACAAGAACACUUUCCAAUAUUGCCAGAAAAUCUGUGAAAAAGCAGCUUCUAAGGAAGGAUUAGGGAUCAGUAAUUUCUAUAUGAUAGGAGAUAAUCCUCUCGCAGACAUUAAAGGAGCCAAUCAGAUGGGCUGGACAUCUAUCCUUGUCAAGACAGGUAAUUACCAGCCUGAAGAAGGACAAACAAAUGAUCUUGAGAAUCCAGCUACUCAUGUUGUGGAUAACUUCUCACAAGCAAUUGAACUCAUACUUGAAGCUGAGAAUAUUCUUUAAAUAUAAC